CCGUGUGCCACGUGCUGUACUCUGCUGCAGGACUUCGUGGACCCCGAGGCUCAGCGCUUCAUCGAUGCCGUGACCCUGAUGUUCCACACCACCUCGCCCAUGCUCUACGUGCCGCCCGCCCUCCUCCGCCACCUCAACGCCAAGACGUGGCGGGACCAUGUCUGGGCCUGGGAUGCCAUCUUCAGCCAGGCGGACAAAUGCAUACAAAACGUUUACCGGGACCUGCGGCUGCAACGCAAGAGCACCAAGGAGUACAUGGGCAUCCUCUGCAGCCUCAUCAUGCAGGACAAGCUGCCCUUGGAUGACAUCAAGGCCAGCGUCACUGAGAUGAUGGCGGGUGGGGUGGACACAACCUCCAUGACGCUGCAGUGGGCCAUGUUCGAGCUGGCACGGUCCCCGGGGGUCCAGGAGCAGCUGCGGGCAGAGGUCCUGGCCGCCAAGCGAGAGGCGGCGGGGGACAGAGCGAAGAUGCUGAAAACCAUCCGGCUGCUCAAAGCUGCCAUCAAGGAGACGCUCAGGCUGCACCCCGUGGCGGUGACCCU